AUGGCCGUGAUGAAAUCUCCCAACUUCUCAGCAAGGGAUCUACCACCAGCCCAGAACAAAGGGCAGAUAGAUGAGGGCACAGAGCACAAAGAGGAUGGGGGAUUGCAGGAUGGUGAUGGUGACAGCACACCUCUUUGUGUGAAGAACAGGUCCGCCUUUGAGCACCAACAUCAUCACCUAUUGCACUGCUUGGAGAAAACCACAAAUCACGAGUUCACCGAUGAAGUCACCUACAGCGAGGUGUGUGUGACCGACUCAGUGGGCUUCCGCACCAGCCGCAGCACUUCGCUGUCCAGCCAGCAGGGGGCCACCACAACCUGCUGCUCCCGCCGGGCCAAGAGGAGGGCCUUCCGCCUUGCCAACUCCACUGUCUCUGUCAGCCGGGGCAGUGUGCAGGAGCUGGACACGCUGCACGUCACCAAGACUCCUGCUGGUACCCAGUACCCACAGAGUCGCUCCAGUCUAAAUGCCAGGACUGAAAACCUGAAGCUGAACUGUGAUGACUACACGGCAGCCAUCAUCAGUAUCCCCACUCCCCCAGCCAACACUCCUGAUGAGAGCCUACCUAACUCCCCCGCCAUCCCUGGCAUCCUACGCAACUCUCGCUCCAGUACCUUCAACACCCAGGAAACUGUCAAGAUCUCCUCUUUAUAACCCCCUGAAGCACAGGACCUUGACCCAUUGCACAAAAGAAGAGGAAAGGGGCCCAUCAGAGAAGAACAUGGAAAAGAAGGACAUUCAAGGAUGAUACCACACACUCUUUGCAAAUGCUUCACUCCAAUACCAACGUAAUGUCUACUGAAUAGAGGUAGGGCUAGCGUGAAUCUUUUUCAUUUAUUCAUUCCUUUGAUUUGAACCAUCCAUGUGACAUGCUGGGGAAGUUACUGUUACCGGUUGACCUUUUGGUCCAGGGAGUUACGGGGGGUGGGGGAGUUAGUAAAUUGAGUGAGUAUCACAGAGACUCACGGAGACUGUGAGCUGAGCAGGAACAGAUGACAGCGUGUGAAACAGGAAUCUACAUGCCUCUUGGACUCAGAGAACGGACACAUAUGGAUGGUGUGGUUGGUAAGAGUGUUUUUCAACAAUAAUAUACCCACCGUGGCAUCGAAGGCCUUUUUACUUUUCAAGAUAUGCAACGUUAGAACAAGCAGGAAAAACGAAUAUUCAGUACAUAAUGUGUGUCAAAAAAUAUUGCAGGGAGAGAUUAUAAAGAUUAUGAAUAAUGACAAAAUUAUAUUGAUAUAUAAAUACACCUUUAGAGAGAGAAAUAUUAGUUCUGCAUUCUGCAAUAGAUUUCUUCACACAAACUCGGAUGAAAAUAAAGGAGUGAUUGUUAGAUGGUAGUGCAUAUGUAACAUAUUUUGUAUCAUACGUCUCUAAAUCACAUGCAUCUUCAAACCUUACCAAAAAAUGUCAGUGUAAUGACGAGCUUAAUACAGCGAUGCAUGUUCCUGUACAGUAGAUGGUGGAGAAUAGAACUGCUGAUAUUAGUGGUGUCAGAUAUGACGAGCUCAUAGUUUUUUUUGCAUGGUACCUUAUUCUUUCCCGCAGAACAGUUAGUUUUAUUUCUUUCUCCUGACAACAUUGUGAAGUAAUAAUGAUGUCACGUGCUGCACCAGAAGUGUACAUUAGGUAAAAAUAAAUAAAAAAUGAAUGAAAUAAAAAUAUUGAGGCAUGUUCCUCGCCAGAAUGCGAAGUGGGUGAGUAUGAUUGUGUGGUCUGUGUGUGGUAGGUUGGGAGGACUUGUGUUUAUUGAUCACAAAUAUGCAUGGAUACCGUUGUAGGUAUUUUACCUGUUUCUUUUGGGAAAUAAAAUGUAGAGGAGGGAUUCAACAGCAUCCUUUGUCAAUGAGAAAGAAAUUCGGGAGAAGAGGUUACCAGUAAGAAAAGUUCACAGUUACCUUUCGUUGACUUCUCUUAUUGUAAUAUUGUGUUACAGGGUUAAGUGUAUGCAAGCCCGUUGAUGGCUGUGACAAACAACGUUUUUUUGUUAAACAUGCUAACAUAUCGGUGCUGCUACUGUACUUCAUUGGACUUUACUGUUGUCAUGGCUCCAGUUCUGUUUAUGAGAUCUGGUGUUUGCAAUAACCGUUGUAAUUAUUUUACCGCAAACUUUGGCAAAUCCUACUUUUUUUCUGGGAUGAUUAUUAUUUGCAUAAUAUUGCAAUGAAAGACUUCCCUGUAACUGUGCACUACAGCUGUUAUAAAGUUACUUUAGUAUUUAUUCAUAUAAUGCAGAUAGAAGUAGAAUGAGCACUAUGUCGACCUCACACAUACUUGCUGACAUUCAUUUCCAAACAUAUAUAGCGAUAUGAUUCACAUUAUUUACACAAUGUCGUUUUCUCAUGGAAGUGACAACAGAUGAGUAAAGUCGUGUCAUAUGCUUUAUACGUGUAUGCUGUAUGAAUACAACAAACGUUUGAUGGGAAGAUUAUAUAGUAAUUAUAAGAAGCUUAUACAUACCACUCCUAAUGAAGUGUUUACCUGACCCAAUGAUAAGUGACCGGAUGUGUAGGCUCAGGAGAGGUGGCGCCAGCCAGUACUCAGUCAGCGAUAGAGAUGCACUGAUUCCCUAGAGGACGACGAGCGGAACAGAUCAAAAGCACAGUUGUCUAUAUUCUAUUCCACAAAUAAAGCAAUU